AUGGAUCACGGCGGCAGCGGCGGCGGACACCAGAGCUCCGACGGGUUCCUCCCACCGGGUUUCCGCUUCCACCCGACCGACGAAGAGCUGAUCGCCCAUUACCUUCUGAAAAAGGUGCUGGACUCCCAUUUCUCCUCGCCCGCCAUCACCCAUGUCGACCUCAACAAGUCCGAGCCUUGGGACCUUCCUGAGAAAGCGCUGAUGGGGGAAAAGGAGUGGUAUUUCUUCAGCUUGCGAGACCGGAAAUACCCGACCGGGUUGAGGACGAACCGGGCGACGGAGGCCGGGUACUGGAAGGCGACCGGAAAGGACCGGGAAAUAAUGAGCUCGAAAACCAACUCAUUAAUUGGGAUGAAGAAGACGCUUGUUUUCUACAGAGGCAGAGCUCCAAAAGGCCAAAAGACCAACUGGGUUAUGCACGAAUUUCGUCUCGCCGGAAAAUUUGCUUACCAUUUUCUCUCCGCCGAUUCUUCCAAGGAUGAAUGGGUGAUAUCCAAAGUUUUCAAGAAAACCGGCGCCGCCAUGCACGGCGGCUCAUCGACGAGGAAGAGUCGCCUGGAUCCCGAACCGAGUUCCUCUUCCUCGGUGUCUCUGCCUCCUCUACUCGACUCCUCCGCCGACCCGAGUGAGCACGAGCUGCACGUGACCUGUUUCUCCACCAAUAAUGUUAACUACCCUGCCGGCGGAGGCUCUGAUCUCUCCCCCUCGGUCUUCCCGAACCUUCUGAGCUUCCAGGAGAAUCUGCAGGCGCCGUUCUUCUCCCCCGUGGGUCCGCCGCUGGUUCAUCUACUCACCGACGCUGCUGAGUUGGUUGGGUGCGGCGAUGGUCCGGCACCGGAGGAUUCGAGGCUUGUCGGCUCCGCUGACAUGGCUGCUUAUAUGUGGACCUUCUGAAAAUUCCGUUUUAUUUGUAA